GGCCCCUCCAUUUCUUUUUAUUUGAAACCCGCUCCUCCCCACGCUGUCUGCAGUCGUCCAGCCGUUUCCCUCUCUUAUUCAAACUUCCAAGAUUUUUUUAUAACGCCGCCGUUUCCAAGCUUCACCCUCGCGCUCCUCGCUUCAGUUACUAGUGUUCUGUUUGGAUUGGAGUACCGAAUUCCGGCGAUGGGCAAGGCGGCGCGGUGGUUUCGCAGCUUGUUGGGAGGCGGGAAGAAGGAGCAGGGGAAGGAGCAGACGCGGGCCUCGGCGCCGCCCGGGAGCAACGCUGCGCCCGUGGACAGGAAGCGGUGGAGCUUCGCCAGGUCGUCGCGGGAUUCCGUCGACCCCGCGGCGGCAGAAGCCUCGGUGAGGGGAGGCAACGCGGCGAUCGUGAGGGCGGCCGAAGCUGCGUGGCUCAAGUCGCUGUACAGCGAGACCGAGCGGGAGCAGAGCAAGCACGCCAUCGCCGUGGCUGCGGCCACGGCGGCGGCUGCGGACGCUGCCGUGGCCGCGGCACAGGCUGCGGUGGAGGUCGUGCGCCUCACCAGCCAGGGGUCUGCUUUCGCCGGCGGAGGCGCCGUCCUUGACACCCGCGGCCGCGCCGCCGCCGUCAAGAUCCAAACGGCCUUCCGAGGCUUCUUGGCCAAGAAGGCGCUGCGAGCGCUCAAGGCGCUGGUGAAGCUGCAGGCUCUGGUGCGCGGCUACCUGGUGCGGAAGCAGGCGGCCGCGACGCUGCAGAGCAUGCAGGCGCUCGUCCGCGCGCAGGCCGCCGUCCGCGCCGCCCGCUGUCGCGCCGUGCCACCGCUCCCGCCUCUCCACCACCCUCUGGUCCGACCACGCUUCUCGUUGCAAGAACGGUACGUGGACGACACGCGGAGCGAACACAGCUUACCGGCGUACAGCCGCCGUCUGUCCGCGAGCAUCGAGUCGGCAUCCUACGGCGGGUACGACCGGAGCCCCAAGAUCGUGGAGAUGGACACCGGCCGACCAAAGUCGCGCGCGUCCUCUCUGCGGUCGAGCUCUCCGGUGCUCGACGCCGGCACCGGUGACGAGUGGUACGCGCAGUCCUUGUCAUCGCCGCUCCUGCCGUGCCACCUCCCCGGCGCGCCCCCACGCAUCGCCGUGCCGAGCUCGCGCCACUUCCCGGACUACGACUGGUGCGCGCUGGAGAAGCCGAGGCCGGCGACAGCGCAGUGCACGCCUCGGUGCACACAGUACGCGCCAGCGACGCCGGCGAAGAGCGUGUGGGGCGCGGGGGCCAACUAUGCGUCUCCGAACUGCCCCAGCUACAUGUCGAGCACGCAGUCUUCGGACGCGAAGUCGCGGUCGCAGAGCGCGCCCAAGCAGCGGCCGGAGGCCGGCGUGGUGGGAGCGCGGAAGCGGGUGCCGCUGAGCGAGGUGAUCCUGGAGGCCCGGGCGAGCCUGAGCGGCGUGGGCAUGCAGAAGUCGUGCAACCGGGUGCAGGAGGCGUUCGACUUCAAGGCGGCCGUCGUGAGCCGCUUCGAUCGCUUGUCGGAGGCGGCGGCCGAGAGGGACCGGGACAUGUUCUUGCAGAGGAGAUGGUGAAUCAAUCAACCUGCUCCUCCAGCUCGGCAUCAGUUCGUCCUUGCAGGGAAGAUUGAUGGGUGCGGCUGGCUCGUGGCAUAUUAUUAGUGCUAAUGAUAGUGAUUAGUUUCUGAUUAUUUUCUUGUUAUCUCUUCACUCUCUGAGUGAUCAUGUGCUCGGUGUGAGCUCUCUCUACUGUUGUUGUUUGUGGCGUGUUCCUCACAAGCAAUUGUAUCGAACGUAGGGAGAUCUUAUUUCAUUUUUCAUAGUAGUACUUGGACGUACAUACCAUCCCCUACCCGUACAACUCCGUUCCAUUUCCAAUGAAGUUUCAAUCGCUUCUUUG